AUACCAAUAUAUAAGCCAACACCUAUAGCGAUGCCAGCAUUCUUCCAAAAUAGAUCCUUAUUAAGAGAAUGCAGCCUGACUUGCAAAACUUGUGAUGAUGAUUCAAAAUGCCUAACUUGAAGAGAUGGAUACCAAUAUGACCCAAUCACACAUCUCUGAGAAGCUCCACAAUGAGGUCCAAAUGAGUUCUAUUCGGGAUCCACUCUCUCGUGAGUCGAUUGAGGCAAUAGCUGCUCAGAGCAAUGAGCUUAUAGAAAUGAAUGCUUUGCUUGACCAGAUGGACAAUAUUUUGACUUAAAUUCUUACUUGUGAGUUGAUCAAUGAGAUUUAUUGAAAAUUCAAAUAAAUCAUUCAACAUUAGGGUCAGUUUCAAUCUGUCGGAGUCGUGAAUUUUAUAUAAAUCCCUUGAGCCAAAGUACAACUGAGCUUGGGACAAUUAAAAACCCUUACAAAGAGCUGAACUCUGCAUUUCAAGAGCUAUUCUACUUCCAUUCACACUCAGACAAUUAAAAUUGUGAUCAACCUAUACGAAGAUACCACUAAUUUUAUCAAAGAAGAAACCUAUCUCAGAAAUAUUACCGAAAUCAUUAUUAAAUCUUACUCAGACACAGAUUACGAACCUAGAAAAGCAAAAAUUGUUGGCAUUGAAAAACAAUCAAAUAAGUAUCAAUCUUUUUAGUCCUUCUAAACUAAUCCUACUUGAUUUGCAAAAUAUUGACUUUAAAAUCGAAAUACAAGAAGACAUUGAAAUUCCAGUAGAAGACAAACAGCUUCUGUUACAAUCUGAGGACUCAAUCCUCUUAAUCUACAAAACCAAUCUGAUAAUUCAAAAUAUUCACCUCUCUACUGAAUAUGGUUACAUUAGUGCACUAAAAAUAUUCCUCAACCCAAUCAAAUGAGAGCAAAACCUCAUUUCGAUCUCUGCAUCGACUGUAAUACAUGAAGGAGGGUUCAUGUCAACUUCUCAACAGAUGAGCCUUGAAAUAAUAAACUCAGAAUUUGACCUUUACAAAUCUAAAUAUGGGCUCAACCUGAACCUUUCAUGAUCACAGCCUGAAGAGAUAGUACCUGUGCUGACAAAUGUUACCAAUACAAGGUUCUAUUUCUCGCAAGAUCCACCACCUGAAGUGCAGUCAAAGAGGGAGUUUUUCAUCCAAUAUGGAGGCCAUGAUCUCUCUUUCACUAAUACAACUUUCAUGCAUUAUGGAAUCAAUAGCUCUAGUGGCUACAAUUUUGUACUGAAAUCAGACCAGACAUGAAAUUAUACAAGUAUCAAGCCCCGAGCUAUCAAUAUUACUGAUGUGAAGAUCCUCCUAAACUCUUCUUGGAACUUUCCACCAGAGGAGAUGUAUUUUGGAUUGCUUAUCAGUGAGUCUUCUAGAACUAGACAAAUUUCAACAUAUCUCCUCAGAAAUAUUGAGAUAUCAAAUGUUCAGAUUAUGAAGAUCAGUCCUUUGAGAAUUGAAACGAAUGAAGAAUCUGAGUGCCAAAUUUAUAAUAUAACUUUCACAAAUCUUACGACAGCAGUUGAGAUUAUGCACAUUUCUGGUUGUAAAGAGUUAAAAAUGCAUCAGAGUACAUUUAAAAAUAUUACAUCGAUGAUUAAUGGAUUGUUGAGCCUCGAUGUUAUCAAUAACGCAACCAUUAGCUCAACAGUACUGAAGGAGGUGCAUCUCAAAGUACCAUUAAAAUCGCAAUUAAUGUCAUUUACAAAUUCUAAAACUGGAAGAUUAGAAAUUACCAAUUUCACUUAUUCAAAUGGGUCAUUAGGUGAAAUGCAAACUCUUCUAUCUCUUGAAAAUCUUAUUGGCGAUACAGUGAUUACAAAUUUUCAAGCUAGAAACAUCAUAUCUAGUUCAUCUUCUUAUAUCAAAAUUAAAAGCAGUAAAUCCAUACUCUUAGAUUCCCUUGGAUUUGCCGAUUGAUCAUCAAUCUCAACAACUGGAAGAUACACAAACAGCAUUUUAAUAGACUUAUCAGAAAUAUAUUCUGAACUAACUACCAACAUAACUAUACGCAAAGUGGAUGUUAUAAAUUCCACUGUAAAUACUCUAUGGAUUUCAAACAAGGAACAAUCUAAGCCUAACACCCUGUAUAUAACAGUGAGCGAUCUUCAUAUAACUAAUACUAUAUUCACUUCCUUACCUAUGCUAAUCUCUACUGGUAAUCAAUUCUCUGGAGAUAUUCUUCAUGUGAAAUUUAACAGACUCAUAUUCGAGAAUAUUAGUAGCCCCGAGGAAGCAGAAUUAGUCACAUUUGGGCAUCAGACCCAGCAGUUUGUUGAAAUACAUAAUAGUGUGUUCAGAAAUAUCAGCCAAAUGGGUAUGGUAAUUGAAGGAAAAAAUAAGACAACCAAAAUGCAAACGAAAGUUCUUUUGAACAACAUAACAGCCGAAGGUUGCCAUUGAAAUUAUUGUUCUUUCCUUACAAGCCGGUCUCCUUCUGAAGUUCAUGUUUUGAGCUCAUCAUUUACAAGAAUAAGUUCAAUUUCUAAAGGAUCAGUGUUCUCUAUUUAUCAAAGUGAAGCAGCAUUUGUCAUAAAUAAUUCAUUAUUUUACCAAAAUCAAGCUAUCAAUGGAGCUAUUUUCUUCACAGAUUCAAAUGCUUUUGUUAAUUGAACUGAAUGAAAUUUUACUGACAAUUUUGCAAUCACCAAUUCAAUAGCAUCUUUUGGAGUUGGAACAUAUAUCAAUUUCCACAACUGUACCCUACAAAACAACCAGGCAUUUUCAACUCCUGUCCUCGAACUAUCACUCUCACCAGAAGAAUCAAUAAUAAGCAACUGAACAAUAAAAUAACAACACAAUCCUCCCAAAAUCCUACAUCACAUCCACUCUUUCCACCCACACAUACAUAAACCCUCUUUUCACACACCACAUUGCCUCAACUCCUUCCAUAUUCCCCUCCUCAAUAUACCCUUCCGCCCUCACCACCAACCUAUGUUCUCUCUCAAUCACCACCAACACCCUCUUCCUUCACCAACCCUCCAUCCUCCACUCAUCCUUCUCCUCAGUCACUUUCUCCCAAACCCUCAUCUCCAGCACAACCACCCCUUACAACCUGAUCACCACAGUCCACAGUAACAUCAGUGUCACUGAUCUUACUAUAACUGGUGUUCAUGGAGAAGGGGACAAGUACGUGCUGACAGCAGAGGAGUCAACGGUAAGAGUGGACAGAAUAGAAGUAGACAAAGGCAGUGUAGGAGUUUUGGAUAGUGCAGAUUGACAGGUGAUACUAGAUGGAGUUGUGGUGAACCAAGAGACGCAGAGAGAGUAUGUGGUGAAGGUUGUCAAGGGGAACAAGGUUGUGAUUAGAGGAGCGUGGUUUGGAGGGGGAUUUGGGGUGAAAAGUGUGGUGUAUUUGUAUAAGUCGACCGUUGAGGAGGUUGGAGAUGUUAAGAUUUUAAAUGUAGAAGGAGUGGGGAUUUAUGCUGUUCAAAGUGUGGUAGAGAGUUUUAGUAAUAUUACUCUCAAAAAUGUAACAAUGGGAGCAUAUUUACAAGAUUCUCAGAUAAAGUUAUUUGCAAAUUCUACAUUUGAAAAUUGUGGAACAGAUAAUGUCAAAUAUGGUGGAGCAAUUUAUAUCCAUAAGAAAAAUGAAAUAUCGGCAAAGAAUAAUGAAAUGAUAUCUAACUGAAAUUUUACCAAUAACAAGGCUCAGAAUGGUGCUGCUAUUGCUAUUAAUAAUCAGUCCAACUCUCAGAAUGUAAUUUUAAUCUCAGACACCUCUUUUGACUCCAAUACUGCUACAGUGCAAGGAGGAGGUAUUUAUUAUACAGACCGAAGACCUCUCAUGAAAGGUCUUCGCUUAUCUAAAAACAAUGCUGUAUAUGGUAGUGACAUUGCUAGUCAUUCUUACAUGAUUAGAUUCAUUAAUUUUGGAGAAAAUAUAACAACUCUUGAUUCAGUAGGAAGUGGAGUCAUAAUCAAAGAAGUUUACCAAGCGAAACUAGUCGAUUACGAUGGCCAAACUAUGAAUCUCAUAAACAAAGGAGUAAUCAAAAUCGAGAGAAAUUUAUCUCAUACUUCUACAGGCGGUAUUCCAUAUGCAAGGAUUACAAAUGGGGUUGCAAAUCUAACAGAUUUCUCCUUCAUUGCUCUCCCUGGAUCACUAAACAUUCCUUUUUCAUUGACUUCAAAUCACAUAAAUUAUGAAGACUCAAAUCAGCUAUCCCAACUUAAAAAUACUUCUGAAGAAUCUAAAUUUAUCGUCAAUUUCAGGUAUUGAAAGCCAGGCGAAAUACAGACAGAUAAUAAGACAUGCACACAAUGAAAUUUUGGAAGCUAUUCAUUGGAAUGGAACUCAACCAGAUGCCAGCCCUGCAUUCAGAAUGCCAAUUGACUGGGAGCAGACAAAAUAGAAGCACAUAAAGGUUAUUGGAGAAGCAAGAACAGAUCAGAGAAUGUAAUCAGCUGAUUAAGGGAAAAAUCAUGUUUAGGCGGAUACCACCCUGACGGAGAGCAUCCUGUAGCAUGAGAAAAAGGAUAUGAAGGUUUCCUCUGAGCAGAGUGUUCUAUCGUUGAUGGGAAUAAGUAUCAGCCGUCUUAUAAUUAUGAAUGACUUAAAUGCCCAUCUAAAAUAGUGAAUUUACUAGAGAUAAUUAGCUUUCAGCUGAUUGCUCUAGCAUUUAUAUCCUUUAUCAUCAUUAUCAAUUACAAGAAGAAAGGUGAGAAUCAAUUAUCUGUGCUGUUAAGAAUAUUUAUAAACUACAUGCAACUAAUGACUAUAAUAAUGACAUCCAAUAUAAACUUUCCAAGUGUAUUUCAUAAAGUCUUUACCCAAUCAGAUAGGGUAAACUCUCCUCAAAGAACAUUUUUCUCUUUCGAUUGUUUAAUUGAAAAUUAUGAAAUCAGGAUGUUUGCUCCUUCAAAUGCAUUGCUUAAGUUAUCUCUAUACUUAAUCCUUCCCAUUGUUGUUCUAAUUUUUGUAGUUCUUGGGAUUCUCUCAUACAGAUUGCUCAUGAGAUAUUGUAAAUCUAAAUAAAAAGUUUAACUGGAAGAGAUGUAUUGCCAUAUCAUUCAUCUGUAUUGUCUUUAUUUUUCAUCCAACAUUGAUAUCUCAAUUCCUAAGCACUCUUCAGUGAGUAAAAGUCGACAGUGAUGAUUUCAGAAUGCUGAUGCAUAUGGAGUUCAAAUGCUACUCUUCAGACCACCUAAAAUGGAUCUUCUUAGUUGGAUUUCCUAUCCUUUUAAUUUGGGUUAUAGGAAUGCCAGCCAUUGCAUUCUUUAUAUUACUCAGAAAGAAAAGAUUGCUUGAAUUCCCAGAGGAACAAAAGAAUCUAUUAGUUCUGUACCAAGGAUUGAGGAGUAGAAAAUUUUACUGGGAACUUAUAAAUACCUUCAGAAAAUUUAUAGUAAUUUCACUGAAUAUUUUUAUGGAAGAAUAUAAUCCAUACUAUCGCAUAUUAUGAAUAAUAUUAUCUUUGACCAUCAUUGCAAGAAUGCAAGAGAGGCUAAGGCCAUAUAAGAUCGAUUCAAACAACAAAAUUGAGAUGCUUUGAGUCAUAACAAUAAUCCUUACCUUGUACUGUACUCUAGUUUUUAUACCUAAGAAUGAGGGUGUAAACUCUGUGUACUAUAUCAGCUUGAUACUAGCCUACACCAUAAACAUUAAUUUCAUAGUUCAAUGGGCAUACCUUGUCCUAUGAUACCUAAAUGACACAAAAACACUAGACAAUCGAUACUUUAGGAAGUUCAUGAUAAUAUACGCAUUUGUACUCUGAAAGAAGACCAAACAAUUCUCUGAACAAAUUCCUGACAAAAAAUUGCUCAAAAUUUCACCCACAAAAAAUCGGAAAAGAAUCAAGAAGCGCAAAUAAGAGACUCCGGCAAAAAGUUAAUUAAAAAGCAAAAACCCAGAUUCAUGAUUCGAAGAGAUUCUUCAUUUAGAUCUCCUGCACAAUUAAUCAACAAUUUUGAAGGGGAAAAAGCAGAGCCGGUUUCUUGGCAAAUCAAUCCUGACACUAAACAGCUAAGUAGAAGAUCAGUCGUGGUUAUUAACCCAUCAAUGACUCAAUUUGCAAAGAGUGAUGAGAGAUUAAUCGAGCCUAGAAGUAUAUUCCCUCGUGAAGAGAGAAAGAAACAAUAAUUGCCACUUGUAUCGUACCUUUAAUUCAUUGUAUUACCAAAAAA